GAACCAGGAAGUUGUUGUGCUUCAUGUCCUCAAUGUGACUUCUGAUGUAAGAGGCUCCUUUUCUGCAAACAUGUUUCUGACAUCGGUAAACUUGGCCAAGAGCAAAUCAAAGACACUUCUGGUCCAGAUGAUGAGUGCGGCCGGGACGGGGUACUGCUUUAACACUAAGAGGAACAGGCUGCGCGAGAAGCUGGUGUUGAGGAAACACGACCCCAAAGUGAACAAGCAUGUCCUUUUCUUUGAGAAGAAGAAGAUCCGUUCCAUCUAAAGCAGGAAAUCAUGAUUCAGUGCAAGUGGAUUUCUUUGAAAGAGUUCCCUAAUCUCUGUAACAGGAGAACUGGUUUAAACAUCUUGUUGUUAUCAUCCCAGUCUGAAGAGAGUGUUGGUGGCAAAUCAAAGAGACAACAAAUAAUUUAAGGGGGGUAGUAGAAAGCUGUUCAAGGUGACAUGUUUAAAUGAUAAAAAAAGAAAACCCUAAACUGUGUUAAAGUAAAAGAAGCACUGUUUUGUAGUAGUUUCUUGAUAUACAUUACUGUGCUUUAUUAAAGUAAAUGAAACAAAUGUAAAACACAACAUACGAGGAUGUGCUU